UCACUGGCAUUACUGCAGUUGAAUGGCAAAACAUUUUGUGUGGGCUCUAUCAUUAAUGAUAGAGCAGUAGUAACAGGAAUCGAGUGUACGUACUGGCGAUACGAUAACGAAAGACGUGGUGACAGGUUCCGUAUUGAUGUGGGAGGGAAAAAGUUCGGAUUCAAGAGAUCAAUGAACAGUUAUGGUGAGGAUAUUUACUUCCUCACCGAGAAGAUAACAUUCAAUGACAAAGUUAAGCCAGCCAGUCUACCAAAACAAGGUGAAGAGGUUCCUGUCGGUACGCAGUGCUACGUGACAGGCGUUAAGAACAACAACCAAWUUGUCUCUGAAGGCCCRUUUGCCGUAGUURACAAUGCAACAUGUUUUGCCAACUUGAAGGGCGAGGACAAACUCCACCAAUACGUACGCCCAAUCAACAAAGCCUAUACUCUCUGCACCAAAGGACAGUCUGUAGAGUUCUGUAAAGAUGGCUUUGUUCCUGGACCGUUGACUUGCAAAAUGGGCGAUAAAUGGGUUCUCCAAGGGAUCAAUGGCUGGUCAAAAAUGAGCUGUGCAAUGAAUGGUUACUCUGUGUUUUUUCGUGUGAGCACCAUCGCUCACUACCUUUCAAAAUAUGUGCCAUUCUUUAUGCGAGGGGUGUACAAAACGUAAUAGUUCUGUACAUCAGAUAAAUGGAAAUAA